GCCACCAACAAUAUCAAUCCCACCACCAUAGACCUCGCCAGAUAUAUCGCCCGCAGCCAGCUCGUUACAACGGGAUUGAUGGCCUUUAAUGACAAGCCUGAGAAUUACUGGGCUUGGAAAUCCUCCUUCCAAAAUGCCAUAGCAGGCCUGGGCCAUUCACCCGGAGACGUGCUAGAUCUUUUGAUAAAAUGGCUUGGAAAAUAAUCCUCGGAGCAGGCAACAAGAAUUAAGGCUGUCAACAUGAGGAAUCCAUCAGUAGGUUUGAUGAUGGUUUGGCAGAGGCUCGAAGAAACUUAUGGUUCACCUGAGUCUAUUGAGCAUGCCCUCUUUACCAAGCUUGAGAACUUUCCCAGGAUCACCAUCAAAGAGCCAUACAAGCUACGUGAGCUCAGGGACCUUCUGACAGAAAUCGAAGCGGCAAAGUUCGAUGGGUAUCUACCUGGUUUGUCUUACCUUGAUACCUCCAGGGGAGUUGCACCGAUUGUUGAGAAGCUUCCUCAUAACAUCCAGGAAAAGUGGACCAACAUUGGAUCCAAUUAUAAACGCCGCCACCGCAUCCCUUUCCCCCCAUUUCGAGUGUUUGCCGACUUUAUCCGCACGGAGGCAAAAACUAGAUCGGAUCCCAGCUUCAAUCUUUGCCUCUCUCGUCCAGCAAUUGUCCAUAGGGAAAAAAUAGAGAGACAUGGUAAAACUCUUGUCUCCGUCCACAGGACACAAGCAUCUCCAACAACUCCUGAGACACAGAAAUCCAGUGAUCCAUCCAAGCUGUGUCCCAUUCAUGCUAAGAUUCAUCCAUGAAAGAAGUGCAGAACCUUCAGAGAAAAGAGCCUGGAAGACCGCAAACACUUCCUUAAGGACCGUUCCAUUUGUUUCCGCUGCUGCUCCUCCACAAGUCAUUUCGACAAGAACUGUAAAGCAGAAGUGAAUUGUACUGAGUGCGACAGUGACAGACACCUCUCUGCUCUACAUCCAGGCCCAGCCCCUUGGAAGUCCAAGCCAUCUUCCCCCGCAUCUGAGUAUGGCGGGGAGGAAGAGGUAUCGAUAAACCAGGAGAUCACCUCCACAUGCACAGAGGUGUGCGGUGAUGGGGUCAGCGCGAGAGCAUGUGCUAAGAUAUGUCUCAUUUCAGUCUGUCCAGAAGGACGCCGCCAAGAGGCACGCAAGAUGUACACCAUCUGAGAUGAAAAGAGCAACUGUUCUCUCGCAACAUCUGAGUUCUUCAAUAUCUUUGGGAUCAAAGGAAAUCUCAAGCCAUAUACACCUCAGACAUGUGCCGGGCUCAAGCAGACUGCAGGUAGAACAGCCUGCGGUUACAUGGUGGAGUCUGUGGAUGAGAAGACAUUGCUCCCUCUUUCUCCACUCCUAGAAUGCAAUCAAGUGCCUAACAACCGUGCCGAGAUCCCCACUCCCAAUGCUGCGCGUCACCACAGCCAUCUCAGAUGCAUUGCCAACGUGAUUCCUCCACUGGACCCAAACGCCAAAAUACUGCUCCUAUUGGGAAGAGAUAUUCUGCAAGUGCAUAAAGUGAGGAAACAAAUUAACGGUCCCAACAAUGCCCCGUUGGCCCAGAAGCUAGAUCUGGGAUGGUUAGUUGUCGGUGAUGUAUGUCUUGGUGGAGCACAUAGACCUACCCAAGUGGACACCUACAAGACCUGUAUUCUAGGAAACGGUCGACCUACUUACCUAACACCAUGCACGAGCCAUGUUAUAGUGAAGGAGAAGUUCACCUACUCAUCUCUUUGUGAGGAUGAUCCAGAGUUGAAGUCCAUGGCCGGUCUACAGGAGACCACAUGUGGACAGAACCUGGGGCAGUCAGUCUUCCAUCGUACUGCCAGUGAUAACGACCUAGUACCAUCAUUUGAUGACUGGAGGUUUCUCCAGAUUAUGGAUGACCAAUGUUACCAAGAUAACUCAAAUACCUGGGUCGCACCUCUGCCAUUUCCGUCACCCAGGCAGCGUUUGCCCAAUAAUCGAGAGUACGCUAACAACAGGCUCACUUCUCUCCGACGGACUUUGGAAAAACGAGCACAGAUGAAGGCGCACUACUUGGAGUUCAUGGACAAAAUGCUCAGCAAUCAGCAUGCUGAAGUAGCCCCACUACUCAGAGUUGAUAAAGGGUGUUGGUAUCUUCCCUCAUUCGUAGCCUACCAUCCCAAGAUCAAAUUAAUGUGGUGUUUAACUCCAGCGCACCAUUUGAGGGGGUUUUGUUUAAUGACGUGCUGCUCAAAGGACCUGAUCUCAACAACAGCUUACUAGGAGUCCUCAUGGGAUUCAGGAGGGAAUCAGUGGGAGUCAUCGCUGACAUUCACCACAUGUUCCACAGUUUCGUUGUGAGAGAAGACCAUUGAGAUUUUCUACGCUUCCUGUGGUAUCGUAACAAUAAUCCACAGAGUGACAUGGAGGCAGAGUGGAUCAAGUGGAGGGACUUGCUCCAGGAUCUACAGAAGCUACAGAUUCCACGCCCCUACACCACAUUCGCAAAGUUGAGCAUGCUACAAAAGGAGCCUUGUCUGUUCUCAGACGUAUCAGUCAAGGCCAUUGCCCCUGUUGCCUAUCUGAGGGUCACCACCGAAGACGGAAUAAUGGAGGUGGGAUUCAUCUUUGGGAAAGCAAAGCUGGCAACCCAGCCAGAGCUCACUGUUCCAAGACCGGAAUUGUGUGCAGCGGUCCUGGCUGUCAAAAUCGAAGGAGAUGGAAUUAUCAUUUGACGACAUCAUCUACCACACGGACAGCAAAGUAGUGCUGGGGUACAUCUGUAACCGGUCAAGGCGGUUUUACACAUAUGUCAACAGCCAUGUCCAACGUAUCCAUCAGUUUUCGUCAUCUCAUCAGUGGAGGCUUGUUCCCACGGAUGACAUCCCAGCUGACCCCGGAUCACGGUCCAUCCCAGAAGCUCUACACUGCACUACCACCUGGCUGUCAGGACCAGCAUUUCUCAAGAGACCACGUACCUGCAAUGCUUUACCUCAAGAGACCUUUGAGGUCACGGAGCCAGAUCUAGAUAGUGAGAUCCAUUCUCUUGCAACUAACACGACACAGGUCCUUACUGUGCUGAACCACUCAAGAAAUGAGUGGCCCAUGGCAAUCAUCUCAAAGACUUUUCCAAGUCAGGAUGGGAAGGUUCAGAGAGUGGAAAUCAGAAUCUUCAAGGAUGGAGGCCAGAAGCUCUACGUCCGCCCAAUCACCGAAGUGGUUCUCCUCCUGUCUCCCGAGGACUCUGGGGGUUAAAUGGGAGAUUUGCAUGGGGUCAGGAGGGGAGUGUGCUGGACCGCAUUCUGUUUACAUGCAUUGAUGCCACCUGCUGGAUAUUCCGUGUUCCAACAGCUUUGAGUUACGUUUCCUGUUAUACAGGAAGUUAUCAUAACAAGGAUGUUCAGCUCAGGGAGGGUAUCUCAUGGUGUUUAGACAAUGUAAUUCCCAGUGUGUAAUCUAUCGCCAUUCUACCCCACAGAAUUUGUUAGACGCAAUGUCUGAAUGAUGAAAAUGGCAACUUGGUGCCACAUGAAGUCAAUGGGAACGAUCCCAUUUUCCCUGACACACCCGAAAACAAUCAGAUGUUCUCUAGCAUCUUCCAGUUCUCC